AUGCUACGCGACCUCCUCCGCUACACUGGCCUCAUCCUUGUGCUGCUGGUCUUUAUUACCAGCGGAAUUGACAAGUUGGCGUCCCCGUCAGUUGGCGCAGCACAAUUGGCAAAGAGCAAAUUUCCUCGGAUGUUGGCCGCAAUGGGUGCCACACUCUCGCCGUCGGAAUACAUCCACCUGGUUCGCGGCACCGGUGUAAUUUGUGUGUGUUUCUCGCUUUUUAUUCUACUCGGAGUAGGCCGGAGCUUUUUUUCAUUCUUGAUGGCGAUAGGCAUGAUCAUCAGCACCGUUGCAUUCUACGUCGAUUAUGACUACCCACUUGCCAUCACAGAGGGAAACAUUCAGCACAUGCUCAAGAAUAUGUCUGUCGCCGGCGCGCUACUGUUUGUGUCGGGUAGUGGGCACCGAAGCCGUCGGUACACUCAGGCUUGUGAUGCGAAAAGCAACAUUCAGGCAAGGAAGAACAAGUGA